GCCCGGGGAUCCCAGCCCCAGCAACUGGGAGUCCUGACCCAGCCCGGGCCGUCGCCAGCGCCAGUUUAGGCUUCCGCAGAUUAGGAGGAGGAAGAGGAGGGAGGGGAUCCGAGCCUGAGGGUCCCGAGUCCAGAGCUGUGCGAACCUCCACAAAGUUUCCCUGCCCUCCACCAACGCGCGAUUCUGGGCCACGGUCCCCGGAGCUCCAGUGCCUAUCCCAGCCGAGCGGCCGCAUCCCUCUGCGAGCCACGGACUGAGACAUUACCUUACCUGCUUUGUGAACCUGCUGUGUACCCCUGCUUCUGCCCUCCCAGGACGUGUCGGCACCAGCCUCCCACCCUGUUCAAGUCUGUGCUUCUUCAGGAUAGUGUUACUGAGUUGAGCUGUUGCAAGGCUCCACAUCAUGAACCGUGCUUUCAGCAGGAAGAAAGACAAAACAUGGAUGCAUACGCCUGAAGCCUUAUCAAAACAUUACAUCCCCUAUAAUGCAAAGUUUCUUGGCAGUACAGAAGUGGAGCAACCAAAGGGAACAGAAGUUGUGAGAGACGCUGUCAGGAAGCUGAAGUUUGCAAGACACAUCAAAAAAUCUGAAGGUCAGAAGAUUCCUAAAGUUGAAUUGCAAAUAUCAAUUUAUGGAGUAAAAAUUCUUGAACCCAAAACAAAGGAAAUCCAACAUAACUGCCAACUUCAUAGAAUAUCAUUUUGCGCAGAUGAUAAAACUGACAAGAGGAUAUUCACUUUCAUAUGCAAAGAUUCUGAGUCAAAUAAACAUUUGUGUUAUGUGUUUGACAGCGAAAAGUGUGCUGAAGAAAUAACAUUAACAAUUGGCCAAGCAUUCGAUCUGGCAUAUAGGAAGUUUCUAGAAUCUGGAGGAAAAGAUGUGGAAACAAGAAAACAGAUUGCUGGGAUGCAGAAAAGAAGCAGCAGAGGCAGCAGAUGCUGGAUCCAAGAUUUAGAAACAGAAAAUAUGGAACUUAAAAAUAAAGUUCAAGAUCUGGAAAACCGGUUGAGAGUAACUCAAGUGUCACCCUCUUCAGCUGGCAGUGUGACAGUGACAUCUCCUUCUACUGACAUCUUUGAUAUGAUUCCAUUUUCCCCAAUAUCACAUCAGUCUCCAACACCUGCUCGAAAUGGCACACAGUUACCAACAGUUCCUAGCAGAACUGCAGAGAUCAAGCGGGACCUUUUUGGAGCUGAACCUUUUGACCCAUUUAACUGUGGAGCAGGGGACUUCCCUCCAGAUAUUCAGUCCAAAUUAGAUGAGAUGCAGGAGGGGUUCAAAAUGGGACUGACUCUUGAAGGCACAGUGUUUUGUCUCGACCCAUUAGACAGCAGGUGCUGACAUCACGAAUGUGCGAUCCUGCUGUGCAUAAUUGGUUUAUAUACAUGUACAUCAUUCAUUAUUUUCAGACAGAUAGUAUACUUGUGCCAAUAUAUUUUUGCAUAUCUAAAUGUUUUGAAAUUGAAGUAAAAAUCUCCCCACUUUCACCAUUGAUUUAUCUGUUAUUUUAAACAGAACUUAGUGUAAUGUAUAUUGGACUUUUAUGUUCCCUUUUGUGUUCUGGGUGAACUUAUAAUUGAAAAAAAAAGUUUGCUGAAUAUCUGCUUUGUCUAAGUUCUAAAUAAUCAUCACCUUGAAAUUUAUGCUCAUUCUCCAGGACAUUAAUUCAUUAUCUUUGUCCCCAAAGCCAUACCUUGAUAUCUUUGCAAUUUGGUAGGAGACAGGCCAUUAUACAUGUUCUGUUCUGAUAUCAGUAAACAGGCUAGCAGGCAUUAGAUGGAUGUCAUUUUGAGUAUAAAAUGUUCAUCUCAUUAUGAACAUUUAAACUUUAGCUAUUAUGCUACCAGCUUACUAAAUUCUAUCUGGUAAAAUAAGAAUAUAAGUUUCAACUGUAAUUAUAUAAAAUAU